ACAGAGGGCACUGGAAAGCGUUCUCUGCGAUGAUUGGCUGAAGCCUCGGUCAGUGUUCUGUCGGGGCGUGUCUGCUCGCUGCGGCUGUCAGCCUUCAAGCCAAACAGCAAAAACAAGAGCUUAGAAAACAAAACGGGACGGAGGAAUGCGGGCGUCUGUGUAGCACCGUGCUUCUAGGACACAGAAACCCUCCAAAUCUCAUCCCAUCGUCACCAUGGAGACUCCCAACAACUAUGUGUUCAUCCACGGGAAGAACAUCUCCCACAACACCCUGGCUGGCUCUGCUGCUGGGCCCCACAUGUCCAUCGACAAGCUAUUCCCGGCUCUUCUUGAGUGCUUCGGCAUCAUACUGUGUGGUUAUAUAGCUGGACGGGCUGACAUGAUCACAGAGAGCCACGCGAAGGGCCUGGGGAACUUUGUCUCUAAAUUUGCUCUUCCAGCUUUGCUCUUUAAAAACAUGGUGCUGUUGGACUUUGGAGACGUCAUUUGGGCUUUUCUUUGGAGUGUCUUGGUUGCAAAGGUUACAGUGUUUGUGCUGGUGUGUGUGUUGACACUGAUAGUGGCCAGUCCAGACAGUAGAUACAGCAAGGCUGGUCUGUACGCCAUCUUUGCUACUCAGAGUAAUGACUUUGCCUUGGGAUACCCAAUAGUUGAUGCUUUGUAUCGAAGCACAUAUCCAGAAUACCUCCAGUACAUCUACCUGGUUGCCCCUGUUUCCCUCAUGCUCCUCAAUCCCAUCGGUUUUGCUCUCUGUGAGGUGCAGAGGUGGAGGCAGGCUAGCCAUCCACAACACAGUAGUCUUGGUAUCCUGGGAAUUGUAGUUUUACAGGUGUUGAAGAACCCGAUAGUAUUCAUGGUGAUAGUGGGAAUCAUCUCCCAUUUUGCCCUGGGAGAACGGAUUCCUGAUGUGCUGUCUGAGUUCAUAGACGGCCUAGCCAACUCUUUUGGAGGAGCAGCGCUGUUUUACCUCGGCCUCACUAUGGUCGGCCAGCUCAGAAAGCUAACCAGAGACACUGGAGUUGCCCUGAUUCUCCUCAUCACAGCCAAACUCCUGGUAAUGCCAUUGGUCUGCAAAGACAUGGUGGACAUUCUGGACAUGGGAGUGAACAGCACAAGCCUGAACCACACUAGUUUAUCCAAUUUUGCUUUUCUUUACGGAGUCUUCCCAACAGCACCAAGUGUGGCCAUCUAUGCUGGACAUUACAACAUUGAGCUGGAGGUGGUGACAUCGGGGAUGGUAAUCAGCACAUUCUUGUCAGCACCAAUCAUGUACGUGUCAGCCUGGUUGUUGACCAUCCCUUUAAUGGACCCAACCCCUCUUGUAGCAGAGCUUGAGAACGUCAGCUUCAACAUCAGCAUCAUCAGCCUCGUAGGACUGGUGUGGACCAUCGCUGUGAUGUUGCUUAGCAGAACAUUUAAUCAACUCCCUCAUCUACUUGUGUUAAACCUUUUCCUGGCUCAGUUUUUAGUGUGUGUUAGUAUGAUCCUGUGGAACUUUCUGGUGAAACAAGAAGAUAAUCUCCUCAGCAAAAUGUUCACAUUCACUUUGUUGUAUGGGUCCCUGUACAGCACAUAUAUCUGGACAGGUUUAAUUCCUCUCUGUCUGGCUCUGACUAACAGAGAUGAUCUUCUCAGACUCAGACCAGGAGUCUUUAUGGCUUUGGGCUGGGGGGUUCCCUUCGUGAUGGUUGGAGUUCUUCUGCUAUCAGGAGAAAGGACAGAAACCAUCGACUCUGCCUUCUUCUACGGCAGAGCUCAGAUAAUCAGCUCUGCUGUGGUUCUUGCUGUAAGCCUGGCCCUCGGUGCCAUUUCCCUGAUGGGUCUGAACCAGGGAAACCGGGAGCAGAUCGGGUACGAAGCCCUGAGCAGAGCUGCUGUCACUGGCAUCAAUGAUGAACGGAGGGCCCCUGGUGGCCUGGAAGAUCAACAACAACAGCAGCAGAUGGACAUGGCAAAUUCUCCUACUUGCAGCAUCAACUCAGGAGAUUUCCACAACAUUUCUUCUCUCCAGACCAUACCUGACAUGAUAGCCAGCACACAGAGGGAGCACACUAACAGCACAGACCACAGUGGGGCGUCGUGUGACGGACAGCAGCCGAGUUCGUCGGCCUCAGAGCAGCCACUGGAUCUGCCACCACCAGGCCUUCAGAGCACUGAUGACAAACAGACUGUGAGACACGUUUUGCUCUGUCUGCUGCUCAGCGUCAGCCUGCUGGCGAAUCUGUCCAGCUGUCUUUGGUGGCUGUUCAAUAAGGAUCCCGGCCGACUUUACCUGGAACUGCAGUUUUUCUGUGCUGUAGCCAACUAUGGGCAGGGUUUCCUUUCGUUUGGAAUAUUUGGUCUGGACAGACACCUCAUCAUUGUACCAUUCAAGAAGAGGUUUCUCAGCCUGUGGCAUGGCAGAGACGUAGAGGAUCUGAGUCCUUCUGCCGUCCCUGAGGAGGUCCGACUCACGUGUACCCAGUUUGUCCGCUACCACAAAGACCAGUGUGUACAAGACAUAGUACACACUCGCAGGUUUCGAGGAGUGACGCAUGAGGAGAGUGGCGUUGGAUGUUGCCUUUCCCAUCAUCCCCAGUACUUAAACACAAACACUUAUAUCCAGGAGCAAAGAUCUAAUGAGUCACAGAAUCUGCACCAAAAUUACAAUCCUGAUGAAUCAUGCAACCGGACCUUACUUCCUUGCCACCUGGAGGCCCAGGAUGAACAGCAAGGAUACGUUUCCAUCCCUGAUGGACACAAUGAAGAAGUCUCUCAGCAUGAGCUUGGCACAAGCCCACACCAAUCCUGCCCCGAAAGUGUCUUCAGAGGUAGUGACUUGGUGGACUGGCUGAUGGAGCGCGGUCUGUGUGUUGGACGAACCGAGGCCAAACUUUACUGCGUUUGUCUUCAGCAGGGAGGAAUGUUGAAAGGCCAGCAGAGCUUCAGGGAUGAGCCCACUUCUUUUUACCACUUCACACAGGAGGAGAGAUGCUCCAGGAACAUGUGAGGAAGUGACAAAACCUUUAAGGUGCCAACCUGUGCCUAGUGGUGUAGUUAUUCUCAGCUGCCACAAAAUACUAGCUGGAUUAUUGUGAGACCCAAAGAGUCUGUGCAGACUUACAAUUCCCCUCAAACAUCUGUAUUACGAGCAACUGUUACACUUUUGCACUAUAAAAGUAUUGAAUGGUACAUUUUAUAUAAUUCAAAAUUAAAUAAACCAUUAUCCAAUCAGUGAAUGCUCCCUGUCUGAUCGCAACCAGGCCAAGAUAAUAACUCUUCAGUGUGGAGGCUGUCAGUUAUGUUUGUGUCAGUAAGGAGUUUGAAAAUUAAGUCAGAGGAGGGAGAGAGAUGUAAGAAGGUAUUUAAAAAGAGACAGAUUUGUACCACACUUAUGCAGUAUAUACAGACUGAGAGAGAGCGAGAUUUUCAGCAAAUAACAGUAAGGCUGAACUAAGUUAGGAGUACAGCAGAGUCACUCUGUUUUAUCCUUUUGUUAUACAGAUGCAGACUUCUGUUUUUUAAUGCUAGCUGCACUAAUCACAUAAGAUGCUAAAGACGGCUUAAAAUGUCAACUUUGUUUCAAACAAUAAAGCCUCGUCUUACAGCCACUCCUCUCACACACAUGGUGUGACAUCACUUCUUCUCCUAAUAUAAAUAUCUCAUGGCUGCUCACAGCAGGAAGGCUAGAAAAAUAUUUUCAAUGCUGUCCUUAUAUUUCUUGGUAUUAUAGUUGCUAAAUAAUGUCAUCACUGGCUAAGAUCUGUGUUGGCAGGUUAAAAUUUUACCAAAGCUGCGGACUGGAAAUCAGGCAAAAACUUCUGAUCAGUGCAUUUCUACGGUUGAAGUUGUAGUUGUGGACUGACGUAAAAAACAACCGUAUAUGAAGAAAGAAGCGCUGCUUGUUGGUCCUGAACCUCUCCAGGCUCUGGGCCAAAAGUUGUAUUUUAUGAUUCUUAUUUUACGUUUUUCCCUCCUUGAGCAGCUAAUAAUGUACUUUUUGUGUUAUACACUGGUGUUGGUCAGUAAGGCUGGUCAUCCAUUGUCUUCAUCCUCCAAUUUAAUUUGUGACUUGUGUGUGCAAGUGGUGCGAGGACAGACAUCUGACUCAAGGUCUGUCCAACCAUACUGCAAACGUUUAGUUUCAGAUGACAGAAAAAGAGACAUUCCUGUUAAACGAGUAUAUAUUUUUGCACGCUGUCUCUUUGAACCAGUUUGGUUUCUGCUGACCUCUUACAUGACUGUGCACUGAACCAUUUGCACUGAAUGAAUAAAUGUUAAAAACAUGGAGUCAUGCAGGUCUCUGGACAUUACUGUGCUGAUAUUGUGAGUUGGAUUUCUGUCUCUGUAACUCUUACCUGUUGAUGUGAAGCAUUUUGUUCUGAUGUAUUUUACUAAAAUGAUGAAUUUCCUACCAGUUUGUAAUGUCCAGCAAUCAGAAGCACAUGUUUGACUUUUCUGCCUUUCAGGGCGAAGACUCAGCUACAGUAUGAUUACAACUCUGGUCUUUGUUUUGCUGUAUGAAGGCCUCUGUAUUUCUGUUUACAACCUUUCUCCCUGUUAGAUUACUGCUGAUUUGAAAAUUUUCUGAUGUUUACAGUUUGUUGAAUUGGUGAUAUAUGCAUGUAAAAAAGACCUCAUUAAUGAUAAACUGGUGUGUUUUUAGCGUGGUUAAUCAACCCUUAAGUCAGACGUUUAUGCAGACAAGCCACCCUCCAUAAUUAUUGGCACCCUUGAUAAAGUUGGAAACAGUCUGGAAAUAAACAGUCGUAGUGACUGUUUUUAUCUCACUGACCAUCUUUUGUCCUUGCUGCUGUUGGUGGCAAAAUAAACGUUUGUCACAGACCAAGCUUAUUUAAACUUUUUAAAUAAUUGCUCUAACAGUAGAUUUGGUUGGGAUCAGAUGAGUAAUUUUUUCCGUUAGCUAUUUACAGCCUUUUGUGAUUAGCAUGUUCUCGUCUUUCCUAUUGUUUAGAGAAACAGCAAGUCAUCACUAGAUAAAAGUUCGUAAGACACUAAUUAACUUAAAAUUGUUAACUCUAUAGGAAUUUUUCAGUGUGCCAAUAACUGUUCCACAGUUUUUCCCUAAUGAUUACAUGUACUGUCAAUUAUGGUUUUUUAAAUGUAUUCUUCUAAAAUCUUUAACACAACUUUACCAGGUGUGCCAGUAAGGUUGGAACGUACUGUGUUUAGUGUAAUAAAUUGAGUGUGUUUAUUCCCAGCUUUGCAUCCUCUGCCAAAUGAUCCCAGAACCAUGGUCAUGUCUUUCACAAAUCAGUUGUUCCGUUAUCUGGGUUUACAUUUUUCUGUGUACUGAUUUGUUGCUGGUUUGAUUGUGUCUGACAACGUGGAACAGAGUGUGUUUGUAUAUUUGCAUGAUAAAUAAUAGCAGUUCGUGUGCGAGUGGGUGGGGGGCUAUAAAGAAGAGUGUCAUUUGUUUGUGUGUCUGAGGUGUUUGUGUUUGUUGCUGGUAAACAGGAUGAUAAUCAUCUGGAUGUUUGGUUUGUGAAUUUUCUCAAAAGUCCAACAUGGUGAAUGACCGAAGGAUGGUGAAAUAUAAAGACACCAAUAAAUUACUAUUUGCAUCCAAAA